AUGGUGGCCAGCGGGCGGGCGCGGAAGCUGGCGCGGCGCUACCGGCUGGCGGUGGCCACGGCCCUCGCCAUCCUCCUGCUCCAGGGGCUCGUCCUCUGGACCUCCGCCGGCCUCGACGAGGAGGGACCGGCCGAGGAGCGGCAGAAAAAAGCCAGGUUGCCCGAGAGCAGCGACAGCUCCAAGGACUCAGACAGCUCUGCCGGGCGCCGGGGCAGCGCCAGCCGGAAGCACGGACGAUGGCGGGGACGGCCGGACAGCCCCGGGGUGCUGGUGUCCAAGGUGGUGAGAGCUGUCACGGCGAGACACAAACCGGGAUGGAGGCUGCCGGCCGCGCCGGACUCCUCCAGCCGGAGGAACCUGACGGAGCUGCGUGGGGAGGCCCAGCUAGCCGUCUUCCAGCAGGGCGACACAGGCAGCGUGGAGGGGGCUCCCCAGCCCACCGAGAACAGCUUCGCCCCCAAGUGCGAAAUCACGGGCAAAGACGCCCUCUCGGCGCUGGCCCGGGCCAGCAGCAAGCAGUGCCAACAGGAGAUCGCCAACGUGGUGUGUCUGCACCGGGCUGGCAGCCUCAUGCCCCAGUCUGUGCCUCGCCACUGCCAGCUCUCGGGCAAGGUCAGCCCUGUCAUCCAGUGGGACGAGAGCCGGCUACAGCAGGUGCCCCCCAGCAAGCCGGUGCGCAUCGCCUACAUGCUGGUUGUGCACGGCAGGGCCAUUCGCCAGCUGAAGCGGCUCAUCAAGGCUGUGUACCACCAGCAGCACUUCUUCUACAUCCACGUCGACAAGCGCUCCAACUACCUCCAUCGCGAGGUGGUGGAGCUGGCCCGGCACUACCCCAACAUCCGCGUGACGCCCUGGCGCAUGGUGACUAUUUGGGGAGGUGCCAGCCUGCUGAAGAUGUACCUGCGUAGUAUGAAGGACCUGCUGGAACUGGCCGAGUGGCCCUGGGACUUCUUCAUCAACCUGAGCGCCACUGACUACCCCACGAGGACCAAUGAGGAGCUGGUGAUGUUCCUGUCCAAAUACCGAGAUAAGAACUUCCUGAAGUCUCAUGGCCGAGACAACGCCAGGUUUAUCAAGAAGCAGGGCCUGGACCGCUUGUUCCACGAGUGUGACUCCCACAUGUGGCGGCUGGGCGAGCGCCACAUCCCCGAGGGCAUCGUGGUGGACGGGGGCUCCGACUGGUUCUCGCUGACGCGCAGCUUCGUGGAGUACGUGGUCUAUGCCGACGACCAACUGGUGUCCCAGCUGCGCCAGUUCUACACCUACACGCUCCUGCCAGCCGAGUCCUUCUUCCACACGGUCCUGGAGAACAGUCACGCCUGCGAGACACUGGUCGAUAACAACCUCCGAGUGACCAACUGGAACCGCAAGCUGGGCUGUAAGUGCCAAUAUAAACACAUAGUCGACUGGUGCGGGUGCUCCCCCAAUGACUUCAAACCCCAGGACUUCCUCCGGCUACAGCAACUCUCCAGACCCACCUUCUUUGCCCGCAAGUUUGAGUCGACAGUGAAUCAGGAGGUGCUGGAGAUCCUGGACACGCACCUCUACGGCAGCUACCCCCCCAACACGCCGGCCCUGAAGGCGUACUGGGAGAACGUCUACGACCGUGUCGAUGGGCUCAGCGGCCUCAGCGAUGUCACCCUCACCUUCUACACGGCAUUCUCCAGGCUGGGGCUCCACAAAGCCGCGUCCACGCCAGCAGCAAAGGCCGACAAGCUCUGCAGAUUUGAGCCCCGGGGCUUCCCAUCCAGUGUGCACUUAUAUUUCUAUGACGACCGUUUCCAGGGUUACCUGGUGAUGCAGGAAGUGCAGAAUUUGGCAACUGGGCAGGCAGAGUCCCUGGAGGUGUGGAUGAUGCCCCAAGGAGCUCUGAAGCUGGCAAGUCACGGAGGGCAGGCAAACCGCUUACAAAACCUUGAGGUGGGCACGGAGUGGGACCCCAAGGAAAGACUCUUCCGCAAUUUUGGAGGCUUGAUGGGGCCUUUCGACGAGCCGGUGGCCAUGCAGAAGUGGUCACGGGGUCCCAACCUGACGGCCACGGUGGUGUGGAUCGACCCCACCUACGUCAUCGCCGCCUCCUACGACAUCACGGUGGAUGCCGAGGCGGAGUUCACCCAGUACAAACCCCCUCUCAAUCAGCCCCUGCGCCCCGGCGUCUGGACCAUCCGCCUCCUCCAGUUCUGGGAGCCCCUGGGGGAGACCCAGUUCCUGGUGGUGCCCCAGACCUUCAACCGCAAGCAGCCUCUCAGGAAAGAUGACAGCAACUGGCUGCACGGCGGCCCCCGCAACGAGUACAUGGAGCAGAGCUUCCAGGGCCUGGGGGGGAUCCUCAACCUGCCGCGCUCCGAGGAGGCAGAGGAGGACGCAGUGCGGAAGGCGCAGCUGACGGGCAAGGCGCUGGAGGACUGGGCGGAUGGAGCCAUCGGCGCCUUCUGGUCCGUGGCGGAUGUCUGCGUCGGCAGUCCCUCCGCCUGCGCCUCCCUGGAGACCUGCGGCGAAACCUCCUGGAGCUCCCUCUCCCCGGACCCCAAAUCGGAACUGGGGCCCGUCAAACCUGACGGGCGGCUGAGGUAGCAGGAGCAGCGGGGGGGGGCGACGGCCUUGGGAGCGAGAAGCAUCCUCUGUCACUGGCGUGGGGGGUGUCUCCGGACUACGUCACCCCGUGCCAUUUGCACCGUAGUCACUCGAGGAAGGGAGAAUGGGAACCUCC